AUGCUGGUGCAAGAGCAAGAUUAUCGCCGCCACUUUGAAGCCGAUGAGCUUGCACUCUCGCUGCUCCAUACACUCCGCCUGGGUACCGCGCGCCAGCUCCCGCAAUCCAAGCUCACUUACAAAGAGUGCAUUAGCUCCACCUUUGAAAUCCCCCUCUCCUCCAUUGCCCACCUCUACGAACAAGUGCAUGAGAGUCCUUCACCCACGCGGUUGAACCAUCGCGUCGACAUUCUGGCUUUGGAUGUGAGCAACAUCCCCCAAAGCCUGCAGGACGUGGGGGGCACCGUGCGCUGCGUCUUUGAAGUGGUCGCCCCGACCAAGACUGCCAAGCACAAGCGACAAGCCCGCUCCCUUGUUCGUCGUGACUUUAUGUAUCAAACAGAUGACCAAGCCAUCAAACCCAAGCACCACUGGGAUCUAGCCACAAAGGUCCAGACAAUCGAGCCUGACAAGUGCUCACUCCAGAUUGAGGUCUGGCACGUCGAUUCCACGCUGAUUCACGAGGUGGAGGAAGAACUAGAGGAGGAUGCGGAUGAGGCCAACUCUGUCCUAGAUGAUAAGACCUUUGAUUGCCUCGACAACAAUUUCAAGGCCAAAAACAAAAAGCUCAAUGCCUCUAAAGUGAUCAUGCGUCGCCUGCGCACUCUCAAAAAGCAUACGAGCGCCUUGCUGAGUCGCAGCUCCCGGGGUCUGGACAGUUUGGCCUCGAGUGCUUCGGAAGCCUCGCUCUCCCUGAGCCGCGCGUCUCGCCUCGGCCAUUCCGAGGAGCCAGAAAUCGGCGGGCCCGGUCUCACGCUCAUUGGCCGUGCUUUUCUUGAACUCGACACGCUUUCGGAGCAGCCUUCAGACCAGGUUCUCCGCCUACACACCCUCAACAAAAAGCUGGACAUGAAGGUAUCCGUCAUGGCCUGUCUCAAGCCUGUCGGUGAAACCGAGCUAACCACGUCCAUCCGUCUCAAGCAUCGUUGCAUUACCCAACGCAUCCUGGUCAAAGCUGGGGUGCAACACAAGGCCAAGCUUGAUGAGGCUGUUGCCUGUGAAGACAUGACAGCAUCGGAAGCAAGCAACGUGCCGUGGGACGGACACUUGGACACGCCUUCGAUUGAGUUGCUCAAGACGCAUGCAGAUAGCCUAGGCGUGCCAAAACAUCUGGCGCUGCUGGACUAUUUUUGCAUUCUCAUGGAGCUCCAUGGCCAGCUUCCCGUUGAGAUUGAGGCCAUUUGCAAGGCCUUUGUGCGCAAAGCUCCCGAAGAUAUUAUUCUCGAGGAAAAUGACUUGGACCGACUUGUUGGUGCAGCUCAAGCCUUGUACUGCUUUUCACGUGAUGCAGUGGCCUGGCCUUUUGAUCGGGAUGAAGAACAAUUUGAUGCCUACUUGUACCACCUCCGCGCCCUGGUGGCCGUGUUUCAAGUGGAGCCAUGGCAUAGCACCAUGGAUGUUUCAACCCAAGCUAUUGAAGCAAAGGUCAAUGCCUCAGCCUCCACUGCCACCAUUCUCCAAUACGUCCGCGACUACGUUCGGUCUCGCCCAAACUUUACUUACGUGGCAAUUCGCAAGCGUGUGGCCGAACAAUUUGGAGAUGAAGCCAUGGAGGAGGCCGCCGAUGCCAUUCAAGAAUUGCUCAAAGAGUGUUUGCAGGCACCAGACUCGACAAGCCCAAGUACCGUCGAUUCCCCUCUCUAUACCCGGCUCAUCGAGUUGCUGCAACAGUCAUCGGCGCCGGAACUGAUCUCCUCCCACAUCCAAGACAAGUUGAUGAAGGAGUUUGAUGUAGAUGAAGUCAAUCGCUCCCGCAAAACUAUUGACACGGCAGUUUUGCAUGAACUCAGUCGUCGUCGUGCAAAUCAUGGAGUCACGACGUCAGGCAAACUUGAGCUCAAACCUGAACUUCGCCACGCCAUCACCGAAAGCGCCAAGAAGCGGCUCAGCAUUUUGCGCGAACUCUCCACCCGCGAAGACGAUGGCGAUGAUGCCAAAUUGUUGGCCGUGAUCCGUUUCAUCAAGGCUGCCACCAUAGACCUGCGUAAUCUGAAGCAACGUGAAGCAGCCAUUCAGGCGAUUAUCCCAUCCUUCAGUCCCUUUGAAUGCGUGUUGCAAGUUUUUGAUGGUCCAAUCAUGGAGCAGGUGUGCGCAGCUCUCAGGGCGCACCAUGCCGAGCGAGAUUUGAAGGACCUGUCUACAUUGGUUUUUACCCUGUAUGACGCCCUACGUCAAGCGCGCGAUCUCUGGUGCGACCUUCCCGAGGACUUGCUGCCGAAGCUCAAGCUGCCGCGCUAUUACUCAGAGUUUGCGGUUGUGGUUCAGCGCUGGUUGCGCUUGUCAAAGGACAAAGGCCAAACCUGGGUGGACAACAGUGUAGCUGCAGACAACUUUGAGGCCGAUGCAGGCCAACAAUUUUCGGCUUCGGCCAUUGACGUAUUUAGGGCCUUUCAGGAAAUUGUGGAAAUGUGGGACUGGAUCGCAUGGCCUGAUGAGGAAAAUGCCGAGGAAGUUCUCUUUGUUUCACUUGCCGACUCAGUCUUCCAUUGCAUCGGUUAUUACUCUGAUCGACUGUGCCAACGAGUAACUGAAAUGGAGCAACAGCGCCUCGCAGCCGAACCGAAUCAACCUUACGUCUUUUCCCAUGUCAUUUGCAUGGCCAUGAACAACUUAAUGCAAGCCAAAAAGUACUUUUCGGUGGUACAUGCGACCUUGGCCCUCACGGACGUGGCUGAGCGACAUCGACAACGUGCCCUGGAAUACAACAAAAAUCACAGUGGCCAGAUCAAACCGCAUCGCGCCGUGGCCUUCCACGACGAAGCCAAAGCAAAGUUGACUUCGGGCAUCGAUCUUUUGGUUGAUUUCGGAUCCAAGCAAAUUAUCAGUGUCUUAAAGCCCGAGCUCUUUCGGAUAGCGUUGGAAUGCUAUCAACAAGAAAUCGCGAGCGAUGAUUUUGUGGAACAAAAGCUUUACUAUUAUUUAUGCGAGCCAGAUGAUGCUGCAGGCCGGGUCGAGCCGGACCGCGAGACCACCCCCGCUGUCUUUGAUCGGACCAUGGGGAGCACUCGCGUCAAGCAGAUGUCAAACAAGCUGCGGAAGAAAGCCUGCUUCUUGCUGAAUGACCUGAUUAAGAAGACAGCCAAGGUUCACGUUCCCGCUGGCUACCUCUGCCGCAACCUCAUGGUCAUGAUUGAGGAGCUGAACCAAGACGACCAAGUGACCGUCGACUCCAUUCUCUCGCGCCUCUUCAUCCAGAUCAUGACUUGCUUGCGCGAAAUCAUUUUGGAUGAACAAAACAUCCUUGACAAAACGAGCACAAACUCCAUGUCGCGCUUUGCCCUCGCCGCACGGCGCACGCUCGUCAAUUUCUUUUAUCAAGAGGGUGAUGGCGUACAGCUAGAUCUCCUGGAGGACGUGUGUGCUGAACAGCUGGACCCUAUCUUGACGUUUAUACGAUCUUCCUCCGACGAGCUUAUCGACGAGUUUUAUCGACAAGGAGCUGCUACACAGGCAACGUGUAUUCGUGCCUCGUAUCUCCACGACGCGCGCGUGGCCUUGCUUCAGAACCGCUCGGUCAUUGGCAACUUGGCCAUCGAGGUGAUUGUCUUUCCCAACAAUGACCUCCAAGUAUCCAUUGUCCAGGGUUUUGGCAUUUCUCUGGCGCGCACCUACGUCGUAUUGCGCCUGCUUCCAGGCCCAUUUGAUGGAAAAGAAUUCAAGGCCAAGACGGGCGUCUGUCGCAGCACCCCGCCCAUGUACAACACGGUGGUGGAGAUUCCGGUACAGCAGUACCCACGAGGCCGAGUGCUGCAACUGCGUCUGCAAACUCCGAAUCACAUGCGAGAUGACGACGUACAUGGCGAGGCGCUGCUAUCGCUGGCCGAACUGCGCCGCGCUUGUCGAAACUUUGAAGUGGGAACGGCCAUGAAGCUGGACGUUCCCCUGCGCUCCAUUCAGUAUGAGGGCGAGACAGGCUGGUUGCAAAAGGUCAUUGAGGCACGACACCGCACGCUGCCGGAUGAAAGCUCAGAUUGGUUCAUGCGCAAAUACGUUCGUCGUUUUGUGGAGAGCCAAUCGGAAGCCUAGGAUGCCUGUGUGCAAGUGGUAUUUUGUGACCUG